AUGUCAUUAUUAGUGCCACAUUAAAGUUGAAGAUAUAGGCUAUCUUAAAAUGAGCUGUUAGAUUCAACUCAUUCGAUAUUCUAAUAAUUUUUAACAAAAAUAGAUUCCCCAAUUUAUUUUCUCUUUCCACAUUCAUUUUGUCACUUUCUAAUUACUCUUGCCCGGUCACUUUCCUGCUUCUGUUCACGGAUACAAAUGCGCCUGUAAUUUGAGUAAAGGGCUUGAUUUGUCAACCAUGAAGUUUACGAGCCCGAUUCUGCAAUUUAGCCAUAAAAAGAAGCGGAUGGGCCUGCGUCGUUCAUUUGACAGAAGAACCGAGUCACUGAGAGCAAGAGAUCGCUGAAGAUCAAAAGCGAGAGAGAGGGAAAGAGAGCGAGAGGGAGAGGGAGAGGGAGAGGGAUGGGAACGGGCUGGCGGAGAGCUUUCUGUACAUCCAUUCCUCGAGAUCCAGAAAACGCGGUGGCGACGGAGAAGCGGCAGGAUCACCGGCGAGUUCGGCAGCAGUUGAGCGCUUCUUCGAGUCCGAGCAAUCCGAGUCACAGCCCCGGAAGCUGCGCAAAGUUCGGAGUUUUCUCCGGGGGCGGAAGCAGCAAUUCAUCUUCGCUCCGCCUGCGUUGCCGGACGGGGGAGGCUUCGUCGGAGCAUCCGUUGCUGUCGCCAGCAUUGGAUAGUAUGAGCGGCCAUCAUUGUAAAAACGGCGACUUUACUACACCGUGCACCCCGCCGCCUCCGUCUUCUGCUGGUGUUAAGGGAAGCCCGAGACUGCUACUAACGCGCUCGAACCCUGCUUCCCCUCGUUCCCCUUCCAGAUUCGCCUUGUUGAAGGCUACGCUUCGUCUUUCUCGGAGCCGGUGCGGAAUAUGCUCUCAGAGCGUGAGAACGGGCCAAAGAACCGCCGUUUUCACUGCGGAGUGUUCCCAUUCCUUCCAUUUUCCCUGCAUCUCCACUCAUGUCCGUAACCAGAGCCGAAACCAGGCUGGUUGUCUCUCCUGCCCUGUCUGCUCUGCUUCAUGGCGCGAGGUUCCUUUGCUAUCUUCUGCUCAUUCGCAGGCAGCGCCACUCCCGCCUUCUUCCACCAAUAAAGAUUUUAAUAAUUUCAGCCACACUAGCAAAGCCAGGAUCCAACGCGGUGGAGAAAACGAUCUAAAGCAAUCAGGCAAUAACAAGCUGUACGAUGACGACGAGCCUCUGCUACUUUCUUCGACAACCCAAGGCGGUGGCGGCCAUCACUUCAAUCCGAUACCAGAAGCUGAUCUUGAAGAUGAGGCAGAAGGAGGAAUCAGUUGUGGAAGAAACGGAGUUGAAGUAGGUGGUUGUGGCGUGGAGGUAGUUGUGUUGCCGGAAGCAGCUCUGGUCUCCGCAGAUCGUAAUCAUCAGAGCUACGUCAUCUUACUGAGAGUAAAAGCUCCGGCUUUUGCUCAGCGAUCUGUUUCCAAGGUAGCGGCUUCGGUACUUGAUCCAUCUUGUCGAGCUCCUAUAGAUCUGGUUACAGUGCUUGAUGUGAGCGGAAGCAUGACGUCGACGGCGAAGCUUCAGAUGUUGAAGAGGGCGAUGCGCCUAUUAAUCUCUUCAUUGGGCUCAUCCGACCGCCUCUCCAUAGUCGCUUUCUCGGCCGGAGCCAAGCGGCUUCUCCCUCUUGUAAGGAUGUCAAGGCAGGGCCAACGUUCUGCUCGGCAGAUCGUCGACAGGCUUAUAGUCUGCGGCAGCGGCGGCGGCCGUGGAGAUAAUGGUGUGCAGGGCGACUGUCGAUGCAUUGGCCACGCCCUCCGGAAGGCAACUAAAGUGCUUGAGGAUAGAAGGGAGCGUAAUCCAGUGGCAACCAUUAUGCUUCUCUCUGACAGUCAUCAGGAGCAGAAGCGAGGGAAAGAGGGGUCAUCUGAUUCCUCGCCAAGACUACGGGAGGAAGAAACUGAUAUGGAAAAGCAUCUCCGCAAUCCAAUUCCUUCCUCAACAGACAACGUAGCCACACGCUUCGCCCAUCUUGAAAUCCCCAUCGGAUGCUCCACCGAGCUCGGCAGCGGCGGCGUUAACCAUGUCGAAGAUGUUUUUUCUAAGUGCGUGAGCGGGUUGGUCAGCCUGGUUCUUCAAGACGUUCAUCUCCAGCUCACCUUCCCCUCUGCCUUCGUCUCCUCAAUUUAUUCGCAUGGAACCCCCGGCGGCGGCGGCGGCGGCGGGGGAGAAGGAUGUGUUGGGCUCGCUAUAUCGCAGGGACAAGGUGGAAAUGGCGCCAUAUCGGUUAGAUUGGGAGAUUUCUACGCCGAUGAAAAAAGAGAGCUUCUUGUGGAGCUGAGACUACCGGCGGCGGCGCCUCAACAGCAAAGGAAUGAUUUUUUAUUUUACAAAUGCUGCUAUCGAGAUCCGACCAGUCGGGAAUUGGUUCUUUGUCAGGAGAGAUCGCUCGUCUUGCCAUCUCUGCGCCAAAUUUCGCCUAUGGCCGUGAAUUCUCGAGAGCUCCGCAACUUAUUCAUCACAACCCGAGCUCUGGUUGAAUCUCGCCGCCUUGCCGACCACAAUGACUUAGAAACAGCCGCACAUCUUCUCUCCACAGCUCGAACUCUACUGCUACAAUCCAACUCCGUCCCUUCUCACCACCAAAAGUAUGUUACCAGCCUAGAGCUAAGGCUGUCGGAAAUCCAGCGGCGGCACAGGCGGCAACAGCUUCCAUCGUCGUCUUCAAUGGCGCGGCCUUCGGAUCAACUGACGCCUACCUCGGCCUGGCGUGCCGCCGAGCAGCUUGCCAAGGUGGCGAUUUUAAGAAAGUCGAUGAGCCGAGUGGGUGAUUUACAUGGAUUUGAGAAUGCGCGAUUCUAGCUAGCUAGAAACAUAGGGUGGUGGUGAAAAAAGAGAUUUUUUUUUUUUUUCUUUUGAACUGUUUGAUUGAUUCAAGUUGUUUGAAAUUUGUUUAACUUUUCUCGCUUUAAGCUAUAACUGUAUGAAGGAAUAUUAAUUAUGAGAAAGUUGAACAGUUGAAGACUGCAA